CACGUCGCGGGGAGGGAAGGCGAGGGAAGAGCCAGGCCCAGCACCACCACCACCACCACCACCACCACCAGGGAAAGAGGAGGAGGAGGAGGAGGAGGAAGCAAGAGCAGCAGCAGCAGCCGCUCUGCUCUCCAGCCAAGCAGCAAGGCAGACAGCAAAGAGGCAGGCUUGGAGGCAGGCAGGCAGGGCCAGCAACAAGUGCGGAGGCAGCAGGGGAGGCGAGGGCUGACGUCAGCGAGCGGAGUAUUAUGGUCUGGGCUGGGCUGGCUGCUGCUGCUGCUGCUGCUGCUGCUGCUUCCAGAGCCUCCUCUGCUGCUGCUUUUCUGCUGCUGCUGCUGCUGGUGGUGCCAGCGGCCGAGUAAACAUGGAGCUCUCUGCCGUGGGGGAGAGGGUCUUCGCGGCCGAGGCCUUGCUCAAGAGGCGCAUCCGCAAAGGUCGGAUGGAAUAUCUGGUGAAAUGGAAAGGCUGGUCUCAGAAAUACAGCACCUGGGAGCCUGAGGAAAACAUCCUAGAUGCUCGCCUGCUGGCAGCUUUUGAGGAAAGGGAGAGAGAAAUGGAACUUUAUGGUCCUAAGAAACGAGGUCCCAAACCCAAAACCUUCCUAUUAAAGGCCCAGGCCAAAGCCAAAGCCAAAACCUAUGAAUUUCGCAGUGACUCUUCUCGGGGGAUCCGGGUGCCUUAUGCUGGAAGAGCCCCCCCAGACCUGGGCUCCACCUCCCGGGCUAGAGAAGGACUCAGGCAAAUCCCACUGCCCCAUCAAAGCAGCUCUGUCAGUGCUCCUAUCAAUGACUCCCGAGUGGACAUGAUCCAGGAGAACAGGGUUGAAGAAGACAGGUCUGAAGGCGCCUUCAAAAAAAGAGGCCCAAAGCCCAGGAAAGAGCUCUACAAAGACCUGGCUGAAACUGUUGAGGCUGCUUCCAAGAGAAAGCCAGUGGAGCCAGGAGACAAGAUGGUGGUGGAUUACCUGAAAGCCAGGAAGUUGGAAGAGGCAGCUAACCCUUCUGCAGCCAAGUUCAGUUCAGGACACAGUGUGAUUCAGUUAGCCAGGAGGCGGGAGCCUGAAUUGCCCAGUGCUGGGUCUAGCACCAGGGCAGAAGUUGGCAUCAAGCUGGGCGCCCCUGAGACUUAUCCUCCCAGGCUGACCAAGCACAGGGCAGAUUUCCUGGAUCCGAAAGGGCAAAGCGGUUUGGACUUGGGUGUCCCUAAGAUUUUGCACAGCUCUGCCAAUCAAAGCAGCUUAUAUGGAGAUGGUAUAGGGACACAGGCUGGCAGGCCUUCCCUCAUCGCCCGCAUCCCUGUCUCCAGGAUCCUUGGUGAUCCAGAAGAAGAAGCUUGGAGCCCAUCUCUUAACAACCUGGAGAAGGUGGUUGUGACUGAUGUGACCUCAAAUUUCUUGACAGUUACCAUUAAGGAGAGCAGCACAGACCAAGGGUUCUUUAAGGAAAAACGAUGAAUUCCCCUGAGGAGGAGGCGGGAGGCAGCAUUGAAUGGGUUUGGGUACAGGUGGUCUGGCUUUGGAUCUUCUUUUUUUUCUUGGACAGGAUUACAAUUCGUUAUUUUAUUCCCUUCCCUGACACCAAUUUCAGUUUUGGUUGGAAAGAUUAUCUCUAGAGUUAUAUUUUCUAUUAGAUGUAAAUAUGUUAUUUAAGGAGAAAUACAUAUAUAUAUAUCUAUAUACAUAUAUAUAUUUCAACGCUAAGUUGUUUUUGUUUUUAUUUAAGUCUCUUGGAGGUGGACAGUAAACAAAGAAUUGACGUGUCUCUUGCCUCAGUUGCAAGAGCAGGUGUAGAUAGGGACCUUAUAUGCUAAUUAUUAUAACAUCUUGGUUCAUUUUGUUUUGUAGUUGUUUCCCCUCCCUUCCCCCAAAGAUGAUGCGGUGGGCAAAUGGGGGGUCUUGUAUUCAUCUGGGGCCAAAAUGGGAGCUCCAGUUUUUUGAUUGUUAUAUUAUAAUGUGUUGCUUUGUACAAUCAAGUGUGCUGUAUACACAACUGUUCAAGCUGGACAGCUGAAGGAAGCACUUGACUUUCCAGGAUUGUCUUGCUUUUGUUUUGCUCCAGUUAAAAAGAAAUGUUGGUUUAAAAAGUGUCCAUUAAAACCAGUUGGAAGAUGUUUUAGCAAAGAAGUAUUAACUCCAGCGACCUUUUCUUGCAAGGGAAUAGGGGAUGUGUAUGUGUUAAGAUUCUGAGAAAAGUCUGGCUGCUGUCAUGCACUUUAAUAUGACUGUCAUAGGGAGCAGAUAGAAGGUUGGCAGGGAGAGAGAACUGAGCAGAUAGUUUAGUUCACAUUGCCUGCUGUUUUGUUUUUGUGGGUUUUUCCCUUCUUUUUGGGGGUCCUUCCCUGCUCACUCCAUAAAGAAAAAUCUGUUUACAUUCCUUACGUGCCAGAAAAGUUGGGGAGGAAAGUAUUUCACAACUCAUAUUGUAGGUGCUCUUGAUCUUAUACUGAAAGUAGAUUCCAUCUCCUCCCCUUCAAAAACCAUUGCAGUUCCUUUCCAGGUCAUUAGGAGUCUUUAGAAAAGCUGUCUCUUCUGUAUCAAUGUAAAUCUGAGAACACAGAUGAAGGGCAAACAGCCCUUCUGUUGAUGCUAGUUAAACAGUUGGACAAGACCAGUUUCAAAGCAGGCUGCUGUUCUAUGUACCUUCCUCUCCCCCAUUUACUGGGAAGAAACAAUCCCCUGUUACGUUAUUCCGCCUCCCUCCAUGACAUUCUUAUAUUUGUAGUUAAAAAUAGAGUAGUUUCUUCUCAACCAUCACUUUUAUGCAAAAUACAAAACCCUCUUUUUCUGCUCCCUUGAAGAAAGCAAUAUGUGAAACCUAGAGGACUAUCUUAUUCAGCUCUUUUUCAGCUUCAUGGAAUGCAAAUUUGAACCCUCCCCCCAAAAAACCCCCCCAACCCCUCUUGCAUUUCAAGGGGAUGUGUUGAAAGGGGGGGUGGCAUGGGAAGUUUUCAUUCAUGUUGAUCAGGUGCUGUGGUAUCUCAACAGAUAUUGAUUUAACCCUCUUGUCAUGUACAAAAAAGCACAAAUCUGUCUGAACACCCCCGUCUCCCACCCCCAUUUUCCUCUGAAUGGCCCCUUGCUAGAACUUUUUCAUUUGAUGACUGAACAAGGGAGAAAAAGCACACAAGUCACCUAUACAGGUGGAUCUAGGAAGAAGCCUCUGAGCUGAAGUGGAAAUACUUGCUUCAGUUUAACUUCAGUUUGGGACCUUUUUCUCCAGCAAAAUAAUAAUACUAAUAAAAAAUGACAAUUUCUGUUGGAAUUGUACUGAGGAAGUGCCAGGUUGUUGGUCCCCCCCCCCCCCCUCCCUCUUUAACUAAAAAUCAGCCCAAGGAUUUAAAUUCCCUUCAGUUCAAAGAAUCAGUGUUCCAAACCCCAGAGGUGUUUUAAGUUUUCCCACUUUAAGUGGACUGGUGGGGAGAGAGAUGCAUGUCAGCAGGCAUAUGUUGUCACAGGACUUAUUAUGGGAUGGAGUGGAAGAGAGAGUAGUGGUUAGGAGGACUACCUCUUUGGUCCAAACAGAGCCUAAGACUAGUGCUGUCCCUCUUCCUCAGGUGUCAUGGUGGCCUGUGCCACCCUCUGCUGUGUGUUUGUAGGCACACACAUGGGUAUAUAAAAGCUAGACAAACAUAAACGUGGGUGUAUAUGUGUAUGUACAUAGUUACAUAUAUUGAAUGUAUGUGAGUGUGGAGUUAUUUAAUUCUCUUUAAGAGCUGUAAAAAAAAAAAAAGGAAAACAGAACAAAGCUUAUAAUCUCAUUGAUCCAGACCGAACAGUCUCAGAAGCUUAAGUAGGUGUCUUCUGCCAAUGUUGAAUGUCUUAUACAGUACCUGCUUUUUAUGUGAAUUGAAAUAUAUAUAAUACUUUGUAAAUAGAGA